AAACUUCCAACUAUUCGUUUUGCCAGUCUCUAAUUAUCUUUAGCUUACUCCUAAUUUCCUGAAAUUUGCAGAUAGUGUGUCCAAAACGCAUAUUUUCCAAAUAAAAGCGGCCAGAAUUGAACCCAUCCAGUUGCUUAGAUACCCAUUCGAUUUAUCCUUGGCACUCUUCGUAUACGCGCCGCCGCAGCGGAUGCAACAACUUUCUUGCCUGCGUCAGUCGACCCGACUAUGAGCAGCAAAUUUUCUACAUUUUUUCCAAGAGACAACCUUUUGCAGUUGUUUUAUAGAGGAAUCAGUACGAAUUUACAUAAACUCAAAAAAAUAACAAUUUCGUUUGAUUUUCAGUUUAAUAUUCUUUCAAAGCCAUGAAGACAGGAGGAAUUUUUGAGAAGUGUGUUCGCGAUCUAGGCAGUUGUGUGAUAUCAUGCUGGGAGGAUCCCACACCGAUAGAGCAAAAAAUUGCCGAUGAUUUCGAAGUGAUUAAUGACAUCACACGAUUUGCCAUAUCCAUUGAUGUUUCGCAAUACAAGCCAGAAGAACUUCAUGUAUACCUCAUCGGUCGAGACCUAAUAAUAGAAGGAAAUCAGGAAAAACCCGAUCUCGAAGGAUAUGUUCAGAAUACGUUUUCACGGCGAUGGACGCUACCCGAUGAAGCAGAUUUGGAUGCCGUCGAAACUCAUCUCAACGGAAAUGGAUGCCUUGUCAUUAACGUUCUUAAGACCGGAUUCCAUACCAUGAGGAGAGAACUACCUAUUAAAGUUUCAUCCAAAUGUGAAGUGGAAAAGGCUAUCUUAGCAUAGCUGCAAUCUGUUCUGUGAAAUCAUUUCCCCAUGAAUCCUUGUUAUUUGUUCAA